CCAGGAACUGCAGGAUUUUACACUUCAGCAUCAGCUUCAUUUUUUAACACCGGAGGUUACUGCUUGGUCAAGACACAAUUCGGCCACGAGUUUUAUUUUGAAAACCUGGAAAAUGACGGCCGGAAGUUCCGCCAGGCUUAUUUGUUAUUUUAAGACGCGUUUUUAAACCGGGAGUAAACAAGAAUAAACUGGAGUGAACAGUCACUCAUGUCGGUCUCUCAGAUCCGUCCUGGUCUGUUCCUCAGCGGUCUGGACUCGGCCCUGAACCGCAGCAUUCUCUCCAGCAGGAACGUCACGCUCGUGGUUAAUGCCUCUGGGCUGGAGGGCGUGUCUUACCCUCAACUGGACGGCCUGCAGGUCCUCCAUGUCCCCGUUCAGGACAGACCCCACGCCCCCCUGGGACACUACUUUGACCUGGUGUCCGAGCGCAUCAACCAAAACAACAUGGGGACGACUCUGGUCCACUGCACAGCGGGCAGGAGUCGAUCUCCCGCCCUGAUCAUGGCCUACUUGAUAAGGUUUGAAGGUCUCAGCCUCCGUCAAGCUCAUGAACUCGUCCUAGAGCAGCGACAGUUUGUACGACCGAACGCCGGCUUCUGGAGGCAGCUGAUGGACUAUGAGAGGACCAGGACCGGCAGGAGCACGGUGAGGAUGGCGAGCACGUCCAGCGGAGUCCUUCCUGAAGCUCUGGAGGACCCCAAAGACUCGGCUGGGACAUACUGCGUCAACAUCUGACAAACGGACAGGGAGUGAACCCAUCUCAGUGAGGACCUGAAGUCAGGGUUCCUCCCUCGAUGUUUGUUUAGCGGCAGGUCGUCUGUCCGACUCCUCACUGGGUGGGCGGAGCUUAGAUAGACAAAAGCUACAUUCACAUGGACCAAAAUCAUGAGAAUAAAAGUCUGACUGAAGAAAUAUUACACAUUUGGCCUGAGAAGUAUUUAAUAAAUUGAUCAGAUCAUGAUGUCAUAAACGUGUUGCAGCUGCUGGGACUACUUUAAGCAGCGGAUUAAUCUCUAUGUCAUGCUCUCUGCAGGAACUUAAUCUGACCAUGUUGUAAUAAUUAAAGUUUGUAUGUAAACAUC